GCCAAUCGCAUCGCAUCGCAUCGCAUCCCGGCCGUCCUCCCCCUUCCCCCUUCCUCUCCUCCUCGUCCUCGUCGCCUCCGUCACGCCCCCAGUCUCCGCUCCAAUUCCGAGCACUCCCAACGAAUCCCGCGGCCACUGAGGCGGCAGCGCAGCGAGGCCUGCACCUCUCUAUCUCCAUGGUGGAGGGCGAGCCGUAACCCUAGCCCGCUCGCAAUGGCCGACGCCGCCGCGGCCGCGCGCCGCAAGCUCGGCGGCUACCUCCGCGCCGUCCUGUCCGUGGACGGGGCAGGGGCCGCGUCCAUCCCGCCGCUCUCCCCGUGCACCCUCUCCGCCUGCGGGGCCAUUCCCCUCGCGCCGCUCCCCGACGACGGGCCCCCGCCGCGGUCGAAGUGGAGGGCGUCCGCCGGCGGCGUCAGCGUCGUGCGCCUGCUCAGGACGCUCGUGGCGAGCCGGUGCGUGGAGGUAGAGGGCACGCUGCUGCGCGUCGUGACGAGGAGGGCGGGGGAAGGGGACGACGCGCCGGUGGAGGCGAGGGCGGUGGUGCUAAUUGACGUCUACCUGCCCGUCGCCGCAUGGUCCGGGUGGCAGUUUCCGCGCUCCCGCACCGCUGCCGCCGCGCUCUUCAAGCAUGUCAGUUGCAACUGGGAUGCUAGGAAAUCUUUGCUUGCUUUCGACUGGACUUCUCGUGAGGGUCCACAUUGUGAUGACCGUUGCAUUUGGAGCUGCACUGAUUGUCACGUACUUGGUUGCGAGGACCAUCAGAUAGCAUCUAUAUCAAAUAACGAGAAGUCAUUUGACCUGCACGAAAUCUUCAAAACCCUACCUGGUGUUAGGAUGGAGAAGGGCAUGCAGACAACAAGAGUAAUACCAGAUGCAGAAGCACUGGGACUGGGUAUUUGGUCUGUCCCUGAUGAUGUAUUGCAUAAAGUACUGUUUCUACUUAAACCCAGGGAUUUGAUAAGAGUGGCAGCAAGUUGUCAUCAUCUAAGGAGUCUUGCUGCCUCCGUCAUGCCUUGCAUGAAGCUUAAGCUAUUUCCUCAUCAAGAGGCAGCUGUCGAAUGGAUGUUGAAGCGAGAGCAGAACACGCAAGUUCUAGCACAUCCUCUGUACAAGGAUUUCUGCACUGAGGAUGGUUUUCCUUUCUACAUAAAUGUUAUCUCCGGUGAAGUAUUUACUGGAAAUGCUCCAACCAUAAAUGAUUUUCGUGGAGGUAUGUUUUGUGAUGAACCUGGGUUAGGGAAGACAGUAACAACACUCUCUCUGAUUCUGAAAACGCAUGGAACACUGGCGUACCCUCCAGAAGGUGUGGAUGUGAGUUGGUGCAUGCACAAGCCAGAUAAAAAAUAUGGAUACUAUGAAUUAAGCCCCAGCUGCUCCUCUAAUAGAAACAGCUCUUCGUCUGUGUCGAAAAAGCUUUUGGCAGAGGAUGGAAUAACAGAUGAUCCAUGUUCAAGUGGACUGUCGCGUAAUGAUGAUCCUGUCUGCAGUACCAGAUCUUCAAGAAAGAGAGGCAGGUUAUUGAGCCCUGAUCCAACUAAGACCAAGUUGCAUGCUACGAAUGAGAAGUCCCCAUCGUCAUCGCACAGCAAAGUGUAUCCAACACCAGCUACUCAUGUAUUGAAGUUCACUAGAAAGUCAAGACAAGUUAGGAAAAACCUCAUGGAUGCAUACAGUAAUGGAUCAGUUGGCAAUAAAAGGAAGAGAGGCACCGCCUCUGAGUUGAGUGAGACCUGGGUUCAGUGUGAUGCUUGCAGAAAGUGGCGAAGGUUAUUGGAUGAAACAGAUCUUGAUUCUACCACAGCAUGGUUUUGCACUAUGAACACUGAUCCUACACGACAGAAAUGCACUGCCCCAGAGGAAGCCUGGGAUUUUGAGAAUAACAUUACCUAUUUGCCAGGAUUUUACAAGAAAAACUCUUUGCCUGGAAAUGAAGAAAAUGUGUCAUUUUUUACAAACAUAUUGAAAGAUAAUGUUGCUAUGAUCAAUUCAGAAGCCAAGAAGGCUUUGUUAUGGUUAGCAAAACUUUCUCCCUCGAAACUUCUGGAGAUGGAAUUGGUUGGUUUGACUCGCCCAGUUCUAGAUACACGUGCAACCACAGGCAAGGGUGCUCAUCCAUACUACAAGAUAUUUCAAGCAUUUGGCCUUGUCAGGAAGAUUGAGAAAGGUGUAACUCGGUGGUACUAUCCCUCUAUGCUUGAUGAUUUAGCUUUUGAUUCAGCAGCACUUGGAGUUGCUCUUGAAAAACCACUGGAUUCAACUAGGUUCUAUUUAUCUAGGGCCACCUUGAUAGUGGUACCUGCUAACUUAAUUGACCACUGGACAACACAGAUACAGCGUCAUGUGUCCUCGGACACCCUUAAUGUUUUUGUGUGGGGAGACCACAAGAAGCCAUCUGCUCACAACCUUGCUUGGGACUAUGACAUUGUCAUAACUACAUUCAGCAGGCUAAGUGCAGAAUGGAGUCCACAGAAGAGAAGUGCACUAAAGCAGAUCCACUGGUUCAGGGUUGUACUGGAUGAAGGGCACACAUUAGGUUCGAGCCUUGCCCUGACAAACAAAUUACAGAUGGCUGUCGCUUUGGUUGCAUCAAAUAGGUGGAUAUUAACUGGUACACCUACACCAAAUACACCAACUAGUCAGGUUGCUCAUCUUCACCCCAUGCUUAAGUUUCUUCAUGAUGAAGUUUACGGUCAAAAUUACCAGUCAUGGGACUCUGGAAUCCAUAGGCCUUUUGAGGCACAAAUGGAAGAGGGGCGUGUUCGUCUUGUGCAGCUGCUUCAGAGGACGAUGAUUAGUGCAAGAAAAGCAGACCUGAAAAAUAUUCCUCCUUGCAUGAAGAAGAUUACCUUCCUAGACUUCAAUGAGGGGCACGCAAAAAGUUACAAUGAACUGGUGGUUACUAUUCGCCGAAAUAUACUGAUGGCUGAUUGGAAUGACCCUUCUCAUGUAGAAUCCCUUCUGAACCCCAAGCAGUGGAAAUUCCGUGCUGCUACUAUAAAGAAUGUCCGUUUAUCUUGCUGUGUUGCCGGGCAUAUCAAAGUAGCCGAGGCAGGUGAGGAUAUACAGGAAACGAUGGAUGCAUUGGUGCAGAAGGGCCUUGAUCCUUCUUCAGAUGAAUAUCAAUUUAUUAGAUAUGCUCUUUUAAAUGGUGCCAGUUGUUUCAGGUGUAAAGUUUGGUGCCGAUUGCCUGUUAUCACACCCUGUCAACAUCUUUUGUGCCUUGAUUGUGUAGCUCUUGAUAGUGAAAAAUGCACAUUACCUGGUUGUGGCAAUCAUUAUGAGAUGGAGUCUCCCAAGACUCUUGCAAGGGCAGAAAAUCCGAACCCAAAAUGGCCAGUGCCCAAGGAUCUAAUUGAGUUGCAGCCUUCAUAUAAGCAGGAUGAUUGGGAUCCUGACUGGCAAUCGACAUCUAGCAGCAAAGUUGCGUAUUUGAUUGAGAAGCUGAGAAGUCUGCAAGAAACAAACAUGAAUCAUGGGAAUAACAUAACCAAUUGCGUUGAUCAUGCUAAUGCACUAUCUUGUCAACCACAGGCAAUGCUGGACAAAGUUAUAAUAUUUUCCCAGUUUCUAGAGCAUAUUCAUGUGAUUGAGCAGCAGCUGACUAUUGCUGGAAUAACAUAUGCGGGAAUGUAUAGUCCAAUGCCUUUAGGGAGUAAGAGAAGUGCACUAACGAAGUUUCAAGAGGAUCCAACAUGUAUGGCUUUAGUCAUGGAUGGAACUGCUGCACUGGGGCUUGAUUUGAGUUUUGUGACCCAUGUUUUUCUGAUGGAACCAAUAUGGGAUAGGAGUAUGGAGGAACAAGUUAUUAGUCGAGCGCAUCGAAUGGGGGCAACACGUCCCAUACAGGUCGAAACUCUGGCAAUGAGUGGUACCAUUGAAGAGCAAAUGCUUAAACUUCUGCAGGAUUCUAGUGCCUGCAGAAAAAUGGUGAAUAAAGGAACAAGCAGCACUGAGAAUGAAGGAGGCCGGCCUCAUCGGAGCCUCCAUGAUUUUGCUGAAUGCAGCUAUCUGGCGCAACUCAGCUUUGCGUAGAUAGGAUCUAAAGCAGCCGCCCAUAUCGAUUGGCGAUAGGACUAACUAAAUUCUUCUGUUUCUUCCUUUUGAUCAUUCCCUUGCACUAGAAAUAAUAACUGCUUGCAAGUGAAUUCUUGGAUUCCAAACAAGUUUUGUUAUGAAUCACUUGCUUGGCUUGUAAAUAACGAUCUUCCCUUUUUAAACACUGUUUCCAAUUCAGGAAGCCUCAGCACAA